AUGGAUAACCGCCACACCUUCCAGGCGAGUCAAGUGUUCAGCAACAGUCACAUGAACGGUAGUAGUAGCUACCGAGUUCCGCCAUCAGCCUCACACCCCGUACAGCCAGCUCAGUUGCCUAUAAUGUCCAUACCUUCGAUAGAUACACCAGCACAGCAGCCAGUGUACAGAGACAACCGCACUGGGCUGACCUACAGCAGGGACCAAAUGCUCCGGUUCAUCUGGAGGCAGGAUCCACAAAAUGGGAAGUUUAAGAUACGACAGACUGAGGGACUGUUUAAACCCGGCAGUUACACGGAUAUGACCACUCUUACGAGAUAUACACACCAAGAGAUGAUCGACUUGACGGGUAACAUACUAGUGGAGCAUCUUUCCAGGUCGAGGCCUCAACUCCAUCCAUUCCAGGCCAUGCAAGGACAACAGCACUUCCAACAACAGACGCAGUCGCAGAUGGAUUCCUCCAUGCAGUCCUCCAUGCAACCAAGUCUCGCUGGAUACUCUCCACGUGGGUACACAGAUGGACAAGCGAUUAGGUCGCAACAAAGUCAAGGGAUACGGGACGAACGAUCCGUAGAGCAACAGGCGCGGAUGGCACAGCCAGGCCAGGGGCAGCAGCCACUACCACAGCAGCAGGUGUAUCCACCUACGCAGCCAUCCUCUCACGUGGCGAAUGCAGGUCAACCUGGUUUUGUCGACGAGUUUGGUCGCCAGUGGAGCAGAGCACAGUAUGAAGAACUUGUUCGGCGCCAACAAGCACAGAAGGCACAAGCAUCGGCAGCAAUGAGUUCUGGACUAGGACCACAGUUCCAGCAAGCCCAACAGACAUCGCCGCCCAUGAUGAUGAACUCACAAGCCUCUUUGCAGACGAAUAAUAUGCACUAUGGAAUGGCGCCUCAGGAGCACUCGGAUCUACUUCAGCGCCAGAAAGGCAACAUGGGACCCCCUCCAGUACCCGUAAACCCAGGAGCUCAACAGCAGCGCCAGUACGUGCCACCGCCGGGGACUAAGAGUUUACAACAGUCUCCAAUCAAUGAUCAGUCUGGUCGACCAUGGACACGAGAGCAGUGGGAAAAGGUCGAGAAAAGUCGAGAGGUUAAGAAGAACCUGGUUCCACCAAGUCAGGCAACAAAAGGUUCUGUCCCAGGGAGCCCUCUCACGCAGCCUGCAGUACACAAGCAGAGAGUGAACAAUAUCCAAAAGCAACCUUUCCACCGGCCAGUAUCCAGCGUAGCGCAGCCUAAGAAACCGUCAGUCAUGCAACCCGCCAAGCAAGCAGCACCUAGCGAAGUGAAAGUGACUGGCAAAGACAUAACAAACAGGUCCCUCAACCCAACCGCAACUUCAACCAGUCUCGCUCCAGUAGUCCCUCAAAGCAAUCAACCAGACCAAGUCUCAAUGUCCAAACAAUCCAACAUUGCUCCCAACACUGCACCCGCACCCGCACCCAGCCCAACCCCAGCCCCCACCCAACCCACAACCGUCACGCAAUGGGACGUAGAAAACGGGCGCCGCGUCUACGACUCAAUGACAUCCUUCGUCUCCUCGCGCCAAAAAGCCUACCACGACGGCCUCGCGAAACUCGACGCUGCCACCACCACUAGCAACCCCCCUGCCAACGUCCCCGUCACCAACACCCCCACCGCCUCCGCACUCCCACCCUUCGACCCCUCCAUCUUCGCCACAGUCAAACACCCAAAAUACACUGGCUUCAACCACUUUUCUGAGCUCAACGGCGGUGACUUGGCCGACGUGGAUAAUCAAGAACUGCUAAAGCGCAUUUGUACGGUCGAUCCGGAUGGGGCGCUUCGAGCGCCCGAGCCGAGGUGGAUGACUGAGGAGAGGGCCAAGUUGGAGUGGGAGAUUUAUAUGCUUGCUGCGAGGUAG